CUCUGGUUGUCUGCCUUCACCCAGGACCGUCAGGCAGGCAGCAUGAUCGAUGCGAUGCCUCCGUCCACCCAUCCAUUUUUCAUAAAGCAGCCAGCAUACACGUGUCUGUGUCCGUCAUCCCGUGUAUGUUAGUCACCCCAUCGUCUACUCUACUCAACAGCGGCCCCUGUCCACCGCCCUCGCCCGCCCGCGCUCAGUCGCGCACACAGAUGUGCCUCCAUCGCUCCCUCCCGCACUCUCUUCCUCUUUGGGAGGUUCAUCCACUUGACUCAUGGGACGCUCUCUGAAACGGUGCGCAGCUGCCGGGGUCGGUCGUCGCGACACGAUGCUGGUUGGCUGGGGACGAACGACAUGCCGUGGGCAGCUGGCAUAGUCACGUCCAUGCCGAACAGCGUAACAGGAGCUAAGGGGGCGCCCGCUUCACCGAUCCCCGGCUUGUCCUUGUCCGCUGCGCUGGCUGGGCGUGCCUCGUGUUGCCGAUGGCUGCCCUCGGUCGUCUCACGUUGAACAGAACGGCCCGGGGAUUGUAUACCAUCACUUGUGACGCCCUUGACACUGUCCUUCGCUGCUUCAGCUGCUGCUGCUGCGGUGCCGUCCCGGUCAGGCCCCUCGCCGUCGUUGACCCACUGGAGUGUGGACAUGGCCAGCAGCAUCUUGCGCCGAUCGACUAUGGCCUCAGGCGCCGCCAGGGGGCCGCCAGCUGCCCUAGCGGCCGGCACAUCCCGCCUGACGACCCUGUCGACCUGUUCGGCCGACAGCAUCCUCUUCUUGACGAAUCGGUCGCUCAGCGGCGUGACGUCGUCGUCAUCCUCGUCGGUCUCACCACACACGUCCCCGGCAGUGCCCUUGCCUCGCCCAAAGACGCCCUUAGGGUGGAGAUGCAGGGUGUCGACGGCCAUUGGGUGUGGCCUGCAGGCGUCGCCCUCAUCCCACCCCUCCAGCUCACAGUGCUUGAGCAGAUGCUCACGGUCACUGGCGAAGGGCUUGAUCUCAUCCUCGUCGCCGCCGGCAUGAUCGUGGCUGCCGUCUGGUGGGGUGGCCGGGGGGGUCAUGAGGGCAGCCGGGGAGAGAAGGGGAGACGGGGGCUGGUUGAGUCGGCCGGACAGGAAUGCUCGCAGCCUGGGCAUCAUCCAUGGACCGCGGCGAGUGCUGCGGCGGGGCUCGGAGGCGGAAGGAGAUGAGUUCCGCAAGUCCUGCAGCUGAAAGUCUGAUGAAUCAAUGGACAAAAGAGCACAACGUGCAGUGAGGAGAUAUACAUACGUGAUCCAGAUCAGAUCGUCAAGGGAUUGCUCCUUGCCUACAUUGUCUGGAGGAUGAGGCAACCAGCAAAUCGAUGCCACUCUCCCUGCACACAGACAGACAGACAGACAGACAGACAGACAAGGAGCCGCGCACAGCACAGGGGAAGAGAGUAUCCAACAGUCAGUAAUCGGUGUGUGCCUUUCCCCUGGUGUCUCCUUCCCUCCCUCCCUCCCUCCCUCCCUCCUGCCAUCCCUCCCAGCUUCCCUGUGUGCCUUACGCGAGGACAGAACAAGUGGCUCGUAUAAUCUCAUAGUCCCACUCGGAGAGCUCCCUGUCGUGGCGGUGGGACCGCCUGUUCUCCGCCCAGGUCAUGAGUUCGUCGGUCGAGUAGCCCGUCCGCUGGGCGAUGCGGCAAGGGUUGGGCAGGGGGGCCUGGUGCAGCUUGGACAAGUCAUAAGCAGACAGACGGGACAUCAGAUCGUCACCAUCUGGCCACCCACCCCACACAAGACAAGACAAGAAAGACGUACGGUACGUACAAUGAAUGACCGGACAGGUAUAUGCAUCCAUCCAUCAAUGACGGAUGUCUGUUGUGUCAAGAUUGCUGGUUGGGUCCUGCUCACCUGUCUGCAUGGGGGAGGAGUCCCCCGGGUGGUCGAGUGGGGACACUUUGCGCUUCUUGUAGUGGAAUUUGCCUCCGCUGGGUCCGUCCGGGAUGAGGGGAUCUCCUCCUGGCCCUCCGCCGCCCUCGUGUCUCCUCUUCUUCUUAGCGUCCCGUAUGGCGUCCGACCCCAUGGGUCUGUGGCGGCCCUCCCUGUCAUGCCGCUCGCCCCUCUCGUCACGACCACACGCAUCAGACGACACCGGACCCUUCUUCCUCUUCUUCUGCGGCACCGGCAGCCCCUGCACACACCACAGCCAGGGGCAGGGAGGGAGGGAGGAAACAGAGACAUACAUACACACCAACCGCCUCCGGCGGCGCUUCCCAUCAGUACCUCCCUCCCUCGCUGUCUGCCCGCCUUGCUGCCCCUGUGCGUACGUACCUGUGAGUGUGCGGGUUGUUGUGUUGGCGGCCUCUCUCGCCGAGGGGCUCCCCUGUCCACUGCGGGCAUCGAGUCGACCAAUGCUGGCACAACCAGAUCAGGGACAGAUCAGGGACGAUGGAUGGUCACAUCACACACUGCCAGACAAACAGCUACCCUCCCUCCCUCCCUGCCUCAUCUCCUUCAAUGAUCUCACUCACUCACUUCUGAGAGCAGCAUGGAAGGCCAGUUUGAUCUCGACCGUUUCGCAGAGGCUGUUCCUGGCGCCCUGUCCCCUGGAGGGAAUGAAAUUCCAGCCCCAGCCCUUGAAGAGCUCCCGCGGAUGGUUCAUCAUCUUGGCGCGGCGGUACCAGUCGCCGCCCCACACGCCCGUCAGGUCCUCCUUCUUCCUCAGCGCCUCCACCGCCUCGGAAGAGGCCGGCUUGAACCACCCCACCCGGCCGCCGUAGGGCGGCGACGAACACGCGAUGCUCACGCCGGGAGUCAGCCGACGGAGCUGACGGGAAGGGGACAGGACCUCGACGGGCAAGGUGGGGGCGGCAGCAGGGGGGGCAACAGAGGGGGAGUCAAGGGGACCCGGGUGGGGCCCUGUCCCGCCCCACCCUGCAUCGGGACCUCCCUCGCAGCCGUUCGGGAGCAUGGCCUGAUCGCCAUCGUGGGGACCAGAUAAUGGAGCUGCCACUCCAUUCUGCUUGUCAGCCACCUCGCUCCCGCCGUCGGCUGUCCGACAGACAUCCUCGCCAGUGUCUGCGGGGGCUGCUGCUGCUGCCGCUGCAGCUGCAGCUGCGCCCUCCUCUUGCUUGAAGACCUUGGUGGGCUGAGAGGCACUGACCCCAGGGUUUGCCGAGCCAUGCUGCUGGUGGUUUUGUAGCCCGUUGUGCGUUGGGGUGGCGUCGAGGUCCGAUGAUGACGUGAUGAUACCGAAGGACCAGGAUGAUGGGGGCAAGAAGACCUGAUCCAACCACCCACAUCACCCACAUAUAGCCAACCCGUCCCGUCCCGUCCAGGGACUAACACAUAUGUACCGACCGACGGUAUGUCUGGGUCGCAUCGCACCUGUGCGCGUCGUAUUCUGUCCCUGGUGACCUUGUCGGUGAUGGUGCCCGUCCAGGGGUUGGCAAUGCGGUACAAGGGGCGGCCCCUGGACGACGUGUCCACACCCACCACCACGCCCAGGAACGACCUCGCCUGAUCGCCCGCAUCCUUGGUGGUCGCUGCAGGCACGGAUGCUCCACCAGUGGCUGCCUUGCGUCCCAGGCUGGUCACCGAGCCGCUGCUGGCGCCUGCCCCUCCCCCUCCCCCCUGUUGUGCUUGUGCUGCUGCCUGUUCCUGGCUGGCCUUCCACUGGUUGGUCUCCAUGAUGAUGGACCUGGAUGUGGACCCCCCCGAGGGCUGGUUGAUGUGCACCACCUCCACCCACUCACCCUCACCCACACUCCUCUCCAGAACGCACCAAUGCUCGGGGGCGGGGGGCUGACAGGACGGGCUGCCACUGCUGCUGGUGGGUUGAAAGUCGGGUCCGAGUGAGAGGUCUCCGAAGGGGCUCAUGUGGAGGGCGGGCUCGCACAGCCUGACGUCGACGGCGUGUCCGCCAUCCAGCCUGAAGUCGACCUCGGACUCACGGUCAGGUGGGCUGUCCUUACCCAUCCGCCAUGGGUGGUCCACCCGCUUCCCACGCGCACUGUCGGUGCCACUGCUCCCUGCAGACUGCUGGUGCUGCUGCAGCCGGCUGCUGGCACGGACCGGCUCCUUGGGUAAAGGCUGGUUGGGCAACCCAUCACGGUGCUGCCGUCUCAUCCCCUUGCGGCCCACUUCCCUCAUUCUGGGCAGGCUGGGCACGGCAAAACCGUCGCAUGACUCGGCCGCACCUCCUCCACCACCACCACCACCAGCAGCAGCAGAUCCCCCGGCCGGAUUGCUGUGGGUGAUGGUGUGUUGGGUGUGUUUGUCGCUGGCCGUGGGCGACACUCCGCCGCCCCCACUCUCACUCCCCAUGUCCUCGGCAACAGAUGCGGGCCGCUGGGAACCACCCGCGUCGGCCAUCUCGUGGUCACCUUGCCCGAAGACUGAUGCCAACGAAGGUGGGUGGGAUGUGGCGCAGGGAGCCGCAGCCGCUGCCGCAGCGGGCGAGACAGCACUAGCUGCGCUGCCGGCGACAGGAGGGGCAUCCGGGGGCUGACUCACUGAGGGCUCAGACUUGGAUGGCACUGUGGCGAUGUGGUUCGUGUCUCCCCCUCCUCGUCCUCCAUCCGUGCCCCCCUGACGGCCGUCGACAGCCGGACCACUUUUGGCCUUGGACGGCUGUCCUGCCGUGUCGGUGUCCUGGGCAUGGGCGUGCGGUGCGAUGGGCGGGAGUGGGUGGUGUGGCGGAGGGAGGGCUCGACCCACGGUGAUCAGCGGGGACGGGACGGCCGGGAGGGAUGGACAAAAUCGGUUGAGAUUGUCCAGUUCCAAAGGCCACAGGUAGCGCACGAUGCAACGAUCGCCGUAGCGAUCACGAAGCUCAGCAUAGCUGUGACACGCACACACACCAGCACACGUGUACAUACAUGGAUCACAUAGCUCUGCCCCGCGCCCAUCCCGUGCAUCCGUCCGUUUUGAUGGAUUGCACCUGUCCUCACUCACCAGAAUUCGCCAUUGGCAGUCUCGUCUGAAGUGUUCCAGACCCUCAUGACUGCACACAUACACAGGAGCAACACACCCACCAUCGAGCCAGAGGCAAUGCCCGAGGUGACAUGGAUCUUCGUGUCCCUGCCUGCCUGGCUGUGACGUACGUGUCUCCCUCCCUCCCUCCCUCCCUCACUGCUUACUUGGUGUGAAUGACGGCUCCCGCCGUUUCCUCUCGAGCAUGGCGUCGAAUAUCUCAUAGAGCCAAAACGUGUGAGACAUCAGCGGAUUCCACACAUUCGUCACUGGUGGGUAGGUAAGCGAUUCACACACAAGUGCACCAAGCAAGAGACACGGACGUGACAGCGUGAAGGAUGGAGACAUGACAUGCAGACACGACACGACCAAGUGUGCGUGUCCGUGUGUGUGUCCCAGCCGCCUCCGUACGCACGUACGUGCGUAUGUACCUGCUGUCUCGCCCUGUGCCCUGGCGUCAUCUCUAUCGGUGUCUGAAAAGCUAGAACCACGGAGGUUGCACCGGCGCAACACCUGGACAUUAAUUAACACAACCAUCAGCCGGACAAAAACGUCCGUGUCUCGCUUCGGUCGACCCCCGACUCCUCCCUCCCUGGUUCGUGUGACUUGACAUACACGCCGCCGACCUCCGUCCGUAUGUCCGUAUGUGUGUACGCACCUGUGUGUUGUCGAGGGGUCGAUCGUCGUUGUGUCCGCCCGCGAUGAGUCGUGAGUCCGUGAGUGAGAUGCCGUCGAGCUUGACGAGCUUGAGGCGGUAGGCGUUGUUGAUGAUCCACCGCUUCAGGUCGCUCCGCCCUGUCAGACAGUUGCGAAUCACCAGCUUCCGCAACCCGUUGAUCAGGAUCGUCUUGAGAGCCGACAUCGACUCACUCGACACCGCCAAGUGGUUGUCUGGUUAGUUAAUCCAGAGAUAGGUAGGUAGACGGAUAGAUGGAUGGAUAGAUGGAUGUGGAGGCACACCCUGCCUCCUGUCUGGUGUCUCCCUGCCUCCCUCCCUGCCUGCCUGGCCCGCCCCUGAGCGCCCACCGCGCCCCUCCUUGGUCCCGCCCACCCACCUCCCUACCUGAGACAUUGAGUUUCCUGAGUGUUUUGACGUUCUUGAGGGCCUUGACGACCAUGGUGGUCUUGUCUGAGGAGAAGCUCAUGGCGUUGCAGUUGAACUCCCGGAGCCACGGCAGGCGUCCCACACACUCGCAAAACAUCUCGAACCGCUCACGAGGCCACAGGGCGCCCGCAUAGAGCGUCAUGGUGGUCAGGUGCGGCAGCUCCCCAAGCACACACAAAAAGUCCCGCAGAUCCUCAUCCCGCGUGAACUUCACGUCAUUACACAUGUGCACCGUCCGCCACUCGCCCCUCCUGACACACAACACAACACACACAACACAACACAAACCAUUCGCACACACGUGCGGCACACAAGCGCACGGUGUCCUUGAGAUAGUAGGCGAGCACAUACACACACACAGACGCCCCUCCUUCCUGCCUUCGUGCGUUACCUGGCGAGCAAUUUCUCCUUCUCCUUCGCCCACUUGGCCUCUGACACGAGCCUGAUAGACACGCAGGUAGAGAACCACACCAACCGCACACAGAGGAUGUGGUGCAUAUCCCGCCGGCCAUCUGGCGAGAUUGGAUCUUGCGCUGCCCGCCCGGCGAGCGAGGCACUCACUCCUGGCACUCACUGGUCUGGCGCCACGCCUACCCCAUGAUGUCAUAUCUCUCCUGUGCUCUCGUCGGCUUCUUGUCAUCUCUCGUCUUCUUCAUCUUCCAACACUCCACACGCCGAUGCUCCUAUACGGCCCCCCGCUCCUUUAUGUCGUGUGUGAAG